AAACUCAGGACCUUGUGCUUGCCAGGCAGCGCUGUGCUGAUGGGCUACAUCGCUGGCCCCAAAAUGCUAAUUUUAAAAAGACAGCUUGCAAAUGCAGCAAGGUUGUCAUCCCCUGGUGCAGAGUUAAAGAGGACAGAGGUGGAGGCAGAGAAAGAUGGAAGAAGAUGGAGAACAAAGACACAGAAGGCUCAGAACAAUUUCAUCUCGGUCCCUGUGUGACACCUGAUAGUUCGGGGACCAUUUCUCACAGAAAUGGCCUUGGCUACACCAUUUCCAAGUGGUGGCACCCAGGGCAAGUUACCUCAGCUUCCCUGGGCUUCAACCUCCCUGCCAGCAAAGUGGGCCUACCUGAGUCCUUGGCGCAGGAAAGAGGCCAGAGGCACCAUGACUGCCCCCCUGGCACCAGCUCUACAGAGGUGCCCAAGAUGGCUCAGCUGUCUCACCACCAGCAGAAGGAGGCGGGCCUGAGGCCAGCAGGGCCUGAAAGAGUCAUAAAGAGGAGGAAGGCUGGAACUGGUCAAGAAAAUGGGAUGAGCCAGUCGAGUGGAGAGCCUCAACCUGGAGGAGGGCUCAGGCCUGUCCCAGCGAGGCGGAGGCCAGGCCCACUGCAGGCCCCGAGGACUUGUUUCCCUUGUGGCUUUUUGCACUUCCUGUUCCCUUGCUCACUGCGGAAGUUCCUCUUCUUUACCCUGCACCCGGAGCCUAGGCAGAGAGGACAAGGACCGAAGAACCAUGAGUGGGGGCCCUGUGGGAGGCAGGCCCGGGUCCCGAGCAGGAGCAGCUCAGCAGAACAUUCCUUCCAGCCUCCUGCAGGACCAUGAGAACCAGCGCCUCUUCGAGAUGCUCGGCCGGAAAUGCUUGACACUGGCCACCGCAGUUGUUCAGCUGUACCUGGCCCUGCCCCCUGGAGCCCAGCACUGGACCAUGGAACACUGUGGGGCCGUGUGCUUCGUGAAGGACAACCCGCAGAAGUCCUACUUCAUCCGCCUUUAUGGCCUUCAGGCCGGCCGGCUGCUCUGGGAACAGGAGCUCUAUUCACAGCUGGUCUACUUGGCCCCCACGAGCUUCUUCCACACCUUCGCUGGAGAUGCCUGCCAGGUGGGGCUGAACUUUGCGGAUGAGGGCGAGGCCCAGGCCUUCCAGGCCCUGGUGCAGGAGAAGAUACAAAAAAGGAAUCAGAGGCAAAGUGGAGCCACAGACAGAGGCCAGCUGCCGCCACCGCCAGUGCCAAGCAAUGAAGAGAGAAGAGGAGGGCUCCCACCUCUGCCCCCACAUCCAGGUGGAGACCAAGGGGGCCCACCAGCUGGCCCCAUGUCUCUGGGGCUACUCACAGUGGACAUCCAGAACCCGGACAUCACAAGUUCACGAUACCGCGGGCUCCCAGCACCUGGGCCUGGUCCCGCUGACAAGAAACGCUCAGGGAAGAAGAAGAUCAGCAAGGCUGAUAUUGGUGCGCCCAGUGGAUUCAAACAUGUCAGCCAUGUGGGCUGGGACCCCCAGAAUGGAUUUGAUGUGAACAACCUAGACCCAGAUCUUCGGAGCCUCUUCUCCAGGGCAGGAAUCAGCGAGGCCCAGCUCACCGAUGCGGAGACCUCCAAACUCAUCUACGACUUCAUCGAGGACCAGGGCGGGCUGGAGGCGGUGCGGCAGGAGAUGAGGCGGCAGGAGCCACUUCCACCACCCCCACCGCCAUGCCGAGGAGGGACCCAGCCCACCCGGCCCCCUGUUGUGGGGGGUAACAAGGGUCGUUCUGGCCCCCUGCCCCCUGUACCCAUGGGGGCUGCCCCGCCCCCACCGACUCCCCGGGGACCGCCUCUCCCAGGCCGAGGGGGCCCUCCACCACCACCCCCUCCGGCCACUGGACGUUCUAGCCAACCGCCCCCUCCACCCCCUGGAGCCGGGGGGCCACCUGUGCCACCUCCACCACCACCACCGCCACCACCAACCAGCACCGGGGUUGGGCCAGUGCCUCCCCCACCCCCUCCCAGUCUAGGGUCUGGGGGAGGCCUGGCCCCUGGUGGGGGCCGGGGGGCACUUUUGGAUCAAAUCCGUCAGGGAAUUCAGCUGAACAAGACCCCUGGAGCCAUCGAGAGCUCAGCCGUGCAGCCCCCACCUCAGAGCUCAGAUGGGCUGGUGGGUGCGCUCAUGCACGUGAUGCAGAAGAGAAGCCGCGUCAUCCACUCCUCUGAUGAAGGAGAGGACCAGGCCGGCGAUGAGGAUGAAGAUGACGAAUGGGAUGACUGAGCUACACCUGGGCUCCUCCCCGCAGGCCAGUGGCUCCCACUGCGCUUGCUUCGCAUCCGCUCCUGCAGCUUCCGGGCCCCACCUCCAGUGCUGUCAUCUGCGGCUGCUCCCCAUACUCACCCAAGCAGUGCUGGGGGCCCUUUUUAUACAUUUCCCAGUUGUCUUCAUGCAAGGAUUUUAAAACAGAAAUAAAAUAAUUGUCCUUUUGUCUCUAA